GCAGGUGUUUUUGUGUUCAUUUGUUGUCAGUUUAGGAAAAAUUGUGUUUUAUUAACAUUAUAAAGUGAAAUUGUGUGUUUUUAGUGAUUUUUAAACAAUGAGGAAACCUCUGUUGAGAUGACAAUUCCAAGGCUGAGGGAAUGAGAAAGUGGAUCUCAUUUUAGUUGCAGGUGACUGUGUUGAAAGCAGAUUUAUCUUUAAUAAUUUGAAGAAACCGAAGUAGCCUAAUCCAAUGGAAAUGAAUUUUCCGUUCGGGACAACUUUUGCCGCAGGGCACCAGUUUACAACUGCCAAAUUUGCUCAGCAGGUUGGUACUACUGGAGGAGGACAAGUGGUAGGACUGUUGAGUUCAGACGAGCAAGGAGUAACGUACCUAAGGCCAGUCGACGCUGGUAACGGAGCGUUCACAAUAAGCCUUCCACAAGCUUCUGGAAACAACUCCCAACACAAUCAGCAACAAAUCAUGGCGCUGCCGAUCAACAUGGGUGGGUCUGGCAAACCGGGUGAGAUGACCCAGCAGCAACCUCUACAGAUUCAAGUGGUGAACCCGGCAGAUGGGUCAGGCGGGGAGAAGUACUCAAUUCCUCUCACUCUAGCUCAUUUUCCUCAAGGACAGGGAAUGGAAAACUUAGUCCUAGGUGUAAUCGACCCAAAUACACUCGCUGCAUCGGGAGGCAUAAAAAUGAUUACAUUGGCGUAUAGUCCAGCGCAAGGGGGAACAGAUGGAAUACAUUUACAGUUGCAACAAGCCGACGAGAAUGGAGAAGUACGCCAAGAUGGUGGUGAUCAACAAGAAGUUCAACAUCAACACCAGGAGGCGCAACAACAACAUAACAAUAACAACAGUAGCACACAGACCACGCAGGGAAUGCACUGCGACGAAAUGGUGCUACCUGAUGUCAAGCCGAUGCUGAGCGAAGGCGAGGGGUCCAGUCAGGCGUACCCUGUCGCUGUGGUUGCUCAGAUUACUCCGGACAUGUUAGCUGUGCGACAGGAAGACAUGGAGGGCGACAAGGGCCAGCAAAAAGAUAAGGACAAGGGGGGAAACGAUGAUGGGAAGGUGAUUACAGUGCAGGAUGUGAAUAGUGAGGCAUUCACAGCAUGGCAGUCCAAUGCGGCAAUGGCCGACUAUUUGCGGAAUAUUCAAUCUGCCAAUCAAAAUGCGCUUAACAUAUCUCACUUCCUUAAGUUCUCCGCAGAAACUAUCAAAAGGGAACAGGCCAUCGAGAGCAGUCCGCUGAGCACGGCCAAUGAGAGUGAAGAGGCUACAGUAGAUAUGCAGCAGACUGUCGCAGGGGAAGAGCAAGCCGACCCCAACAAUCCUGAGGGCGGUUCGGCUCCAAAGAAAAAGAAGAAGUACAAGAAGAAAGCGCCAAAGCCACGGCGACCAAGACCAGGUCAGGUACACAUUGCGACGGCUCUCGACGGAACGACUCUUUUCUGCUGUCCCGAGUGCAACAUGGCCUACCCAGACAAGGAACUGUUAGAACAGCAUCUAGUGGCACACAAGAUCGAGCGCAGAUUUAUUUGUGACAUUUGUGGAGCAGGACUGAAACGGAAGGAACAUUUAGAAAGGCACAAGUUGGGUCACAAUCCAGAGAGGCCGUACAUCUGUAGUGUAUGUUGUAAAGGUUUUAAGCGGAAAGAACACCUGAACCUGCACUUUGUAAUCCACUCCGGGGAGAAAACGGAGGUUUGUCCAGAGUGUGGGAAGGGCUUCUACAGGAGGGACCAUCUGAGGAAACAUGCACGCAGUCAUCUGGCCAAACGGGUCAAGGAUGAACUGCAGCAGGUCGAUGGCAGAGUGAGCCAUGAGUCAAUGAUCCAAGUGACAAAUGUGAUGGGCGCGACGCAGGACGAAGAUGACAACACCGUCGUGUUGCCGGCUGCCGAGUCACAUUCCGUCACACUUACGGAGUCACACCCCAUCGCGCUGGUGCACCACCAGCAACAUUGACCGGUUUGCCGCAAGUUGUGAGGUAAUGUCUGCCAAAGUGUCGUCUGCACUACCUCUACUGAACUGACGAACUAUCGACCUUUCGCUUAUUUUGACAUCGAACCCAGGAAAUGUUGAUCAUCAGUUGUACCACUAUUAAACACUCAAAGCAGCAUACGAUUGAAUCAAUCUGCUGUGCAUCUUCAAAACUACUAAAAGUGGCUCUGGACUGUUUAAUACUAGUGUUUAUAAACUGAAUUGUUUUCAUCAUGACUGCAAAACUCUACUUCUUGUCGAUUUAGACAAUUUUCAAUGUUGGUGCUAACAAAAAUUACUAAAACCAAAGGUCUGCAAAUCCAACUGAUUUUUUUCAAAGAGAUAAUUAUCAUAUUUUCCAUUUUAGGUUCUGAAAUUUUCCAAAACUAUACUGAGAUUUAUAAGUAAAAAAAAAAUAUAUUGUAAUGCAUGAUAACUGUAUAUAAGAUUAGCUGAAAAUGAUAAUCCAUUUAAAUCAGUAAGGGCCAUAGAGAAAAAGUGUAUUGCAGAUUUCUUUUCCAAAAGACAAAAGAAAAACUGAUUGUGUCUUUUUUAAGGUGCGUACGUCAUGUUCAGUUGAUAAUGGUGUAGAUAACCAAAUGUAAAUAGAAAAUACAUUUUUUAACGUGUAAAAUAAGACGGGUUUUUUAACAAAACUGCUUUGUUUAAGCACGUCCCUGCAUAAUCGAUUCUAGUUUUUAUUUGUGUAAAUAUUGAUAUAUUUAUAUCAUAAUUUUGUUUGAAUGGGUCUUCACCCAUUACUAAAUGCUUUAUUACGUAACAGAAGUUUAUUGUGUUGUUUUUUUAUUGUUUUAGUUGUUAACGCAAGUUUUAUUCUCAGCUGACUUCUAACGCACAAAUGUUUCUACAUUUGUUUCUUGCCUUUUAACAAUUUGUUAGACAAUUAAUAUUGUCAUUCUUAGUUCUUAAUUGAGUUGUACAAUGAAUUUAAACAUUUGUUGGUUUUUAAUUUUACCCUAAGUUUUGUUUAGAGCAAUAAAUUUUAAUGGCCUUAGAUAAAACAAAGGCUGGAAUAUGAUAAAAGAGUAAUAAGUCUUGGUGUAAUGCAUGUUUAUUUAUGUUAAUCACAUUUUAAAGUUGAAUGAUUGGCAGUUCAAUUAGCUAUGAUGUAUUUUAAUAUUAUUUUUAUGACUUUUAUCAUCUUUAUAGAUUAGGUUUUCUGUCAAUUAAGCAACUGAUAAGUCAGCUGUAAGCAAUUUACAAAAUAGCAUUUUUGGAUCAGCUGUUUUUUGAAUUGUUGCUUGUAAAUAAUAAAGUUUAUCUGUAAAUAGUAGGUAGAGUGCUUCUAGCACCGAUUUAGCUUUCUAUUAUGACUAUUUAGGAAAGUAAUAUUAUUUUAUCUCCGGAAGUGUAGCAAGACUAUGUCUUCCAAUAUUAGGACCCUCUAAGUUAAUUACGGAGAAUUUGUUUUCAUGAAACAGCUGUUGAAUAAUUCUCUUAGCAGCUGAUUUUAGUGAAUGUAUAAAACGUGUAAAUUUACAUUUCAUUUUAUAAGGAAAGAAAAGUAUAUUUUUACACAAUUGACUAUAACUACGAUGUACAUAUGAUAUAGUUUAUCUUGUUAUUUUCACUGCACUAGUUUUUUAUCCUGAAUAUAAACAAUUACCAUUUUUACAUAAUAUAUUAUUUUUGUUACUACAUAAUCAAUUAAUUGAGUGGCCGUACCUGUUUUUGGAUUAACAUAAACACUUAUUGUUUCACUAGUUAUUUUAGAUCUUUGAAUUUAGUUGCUAC